GGCGCUGGCCUGCGUGAGGUUGUACAGCGCCGAGCACCCGGGGCUGACGGCAAGGCAGGGCCUAGCGGGGCACUCUCUGGGCGGCCUGGCCUUGCCCGGGUCGCCCGCGGGCCUGCCCAGCCUGCGGUUCUGCGGUCCUCGGCGGCACGGACCGGGCAGUGAGGGGAGGCCAGUGGCCUCGCCCGGGCGCCGAGCGGAGCGGUUGGCUUCUCACAGUCACACAAGUCUGGAUUUGCUUUUACUUUUGAAUGGUGUUAUCAGAGAAAGUGAACCAGCUAAUGGAGUGGGCUAGUAAAAGAUCCGUUAUUCGAAUGAAUGGUGACAAAUUUCGACGGCUUGUGAAGGCACCACCCAGAAAUUACUCUGUGAUUGUGAUGUUCACUGCUCUUCAGCCUCACAGACAGUGUGUUGUGUGCAAGCAAGCUGAUGAGGAAUACCAGAUUCUGGCAAACUCGUGGCGAUAUUCCAGUGCAUUUACCAAUAAGAUUUUUUUUGCUAUGGUAGAUUUUGAUGAAGGCUCAGAUGUAUUUCAGAUGCUAAAUAUGAAUUCUGCUCCAACCUUCAUUAACUUUCCUGCUAAAGGAAAGCCGAAACGAGGUGACACAUAUGAACUUCAGGUGCGUGGCUUUGCAGCUGAGCAGCUUGCUCGCUGGGUGGCUGACAGAACUGAUGUCAAUAUCCGUGUGAUAAGACCACCAAACUAUGCUGGACCGCUGAUGCUGGGCCUGCUGCUGGCUGUCAUUGGAGGCCUUGUGUAUCUGCGUGGAAGCAAUCUGGAUUUCCUGUAUAACAAAACUGGCUGGGCACUUGCUGCUUUGUGUUUUGUAUUAGCAAUGACAUCAGGCCAGAUGUGGAACCAUAUUAGAGGUCCACCCUAUGCUCAUAAGAAUCCCCAUACAGGACAAGUAAGCUAUAUCCAUGGGAGCAGCCAAGCCCAAUUUGUGGCAGAAACACACAUUGUUCUUCUGUUUAAUGGUGGUGUUACUUUAGGAAUGGUACUUCUUCAUGAAGCUGCUACUUCUGACAUGGAUGUGGGGAAAAGAAAGAUUAUGUGUAUUGCUGGUAUUGGCUUGGUGGUCUUGUUCUUCAGCUGGUUGUUGUCUGUCUUCAGAUCUAAAUACCAUGGGUACCCAUACAGUUUCCUAAUGAGUUAAAGGAUCCCAGAAUCUGUAAGAUCGGAAAGGUGGUGACUCUGAAGUGGCAUUAAUGGAAUGGAAGAGCUAAAUAUGUAUGGUUCGUGCUACCUCUUUACACUGAAUGAGAUAGUUAAACACUGAACCAAAGACGACGUGUAGUGCCUUAAACAUUGCAAGCAAUUUGCUUUGAAAGAUGGAGUAUUAAGAUGCAAUCUCUUUUUCCAGAAGCUUUACAUCCUCCUAAACGGCUCUAAUUCUACUGAAAUUCAGAACCUAGUGCUUAGAACUACAUAUUUCAGUAGCAGACUAAUUAGAAAUAGUACUUUAAAUUCAAAUGGAUAAUUGGCAUUUCAUGUGUUUAUUUUUUUCCCUCAAAUAUUUAUCACUUCAUGUCUGUGUAUAGGAAGUGACAACAGCAUCUCUGUUGUGCCUUUUGAUGGCUGAGGGAGUCUUUGUAUACCUGAAAAUCUUUUCUGUCAGACUGUGUGCAACCCUUGGAGCCUACUCCACAUUCCAGUGUGGGAUGUGCAUGUCCUAGACCUAUAUCUCAUUUUUUGAGAAGAGUUGCUUCACUGCUGUAUGGUGCAAGAGGUUGUUUCACAGAUGGAGAAUUUUAGCAGGUAGACCUGAGUUAUUUGUUCAAUUAUUCAUUUGAAAACUUUGCUAAAUGCUGAAACUGCAGCAUUUAAGUUGUAAACAUUUGGCUCAGAGCUGAAAAAAAGGUUUUACAAUACAAACCAAAACUGCAGAGGAAAAUACCUACUUGUAGUGUAAAGUAAAGGUUGUCAACUGGCUUUCAAGUCACUCCUCAGAACCACGAUGAACUGCCUGGUGUCAGAUUUUUGAUAACUCUCUAAGUUCUUGUGUUUUCCACUUAGUUUUUCCAAACUUUUAUUCUUGGUGAGGAUAUGGAAGUGGACAGUGAUAUCCUGGGAAAGAUUUGCUAGUCUUACAGUUGAAUGCAUGUUCUUCUUACUCUCUCCUUUUGUUUUUCAUCUCACAAAGAUACUUUGCCUUAAAGAUUCUUGAGUGGAAGAUAUUGUGCCUCAAACUGUUGUAGUUCAGCACCUCAACAGGAAGUCUUUUCAGCUUGAGUCUGUAAUACUUCCUUCCAUAGGCUGUGGUGGCCUGAGAGGUUAAUAGUCAAACGGAGAUAUGGUGACACUUUUGUCUCCUCCUUUUGCUUCUCCCCAGUCUCAAGGAAUUACAGCAUUUGGAUGUUUUAGACUGAAUCUUGGAAAGGACUAUAUAAUUCAAAGUAGAAUGUUAUUCUUAUGCAAUUUUGCUAAAUUAACACAUAUCUCAAGUGCCUUAACUUCACUAAUUCAGUUUGAUGUUUCAACUUGUUGAGAUGCAUUGUUCUGUGCCAUACAGACUGACAAGGCUUAGUGAAAUGGAUAAAUUGUGUGUCUGACUGGAUUUUGGAUGAGUUUCAAUAAAAUUUUUAGUCUAA